GUGUUGUUGGCGCUUUCGAGGUUAAAUACUUCACAAUUUAAAAGACAAUACGAGAGUGGCAAUAGUGAGGCGGUGCUCUACACCGAGUUGAAGUCACGUCGUUGGCCCCACGUUGCGCCCCUCAAGUCAUCGAAGCUUCUGGUUGGAGCUAGACGAGUUUAGAGCGAGAGGUGUGCCUUCGAAAAAAUUGGCGGCGCAAACAACACAAAUCCAAAUUCAAAACUCACUGACAUAACCCCCCUCCCAUACCUCGGCCGACUUUCUCCUAAUUGCAGACUCUCCAGUUCUACAACUUCCCCCCUUUCUCAUCGAAAUCUUCAUUUGGGACUUUACCGCAGCACAAGCCAGGUUGCGAAAAUGAGUGUCGUCGGUGUAGACUUCGGGACUCUCAAUACCGUCAUUGCUGUAGCUCGGAACCGUGGUGUCGAUGUCAUCACAAAUGAAGUCUCCAAUCGAGCUACGCCUUCCCUCGUAGGUUUCGGGCCCAAGUCCCGAUACCUCGGCGAACCCGCGAAGACACAAGAGAUCUCCAACCUCAAGAAUACGGUGGGGUCAUUGAAGCGAUUAGCGGGUCGGUCAUUGAGUGAUCCAGAUGUUCAAAUCGAGCAGGACUUUGUCUCGGCUCCCCUUAUCGACAUCCAGGGCCAAGUUGGUGCGGAGGUGACGUACUUGGGCAAGAAGGAGAAAUACACUGCGACCCAGCUCGUGUCCAUGUUCCUGAGCAAGGUCAAAGCAACGGCUUCGGCGGAAUUGAAGCUCCCUGUCUCCGACUUAGUCAUGAGCGUUCCAGCUUGGUUCACCGAUAUCCAGCGAAGAAGUCUUAUGGACGCCGCUGAGAUUGCAGGAUUAAAGCUUCUCCGUCUCAUGAACGACACUACUGCGGCCGCUCUUGGCUACGGUAUCACAAAGCUUGACCUCCCAACUGCCGAGGAGAAGCCAAGACGUGUGGCCUUUGUCGACAUUGGACACAGCAACUACACCUGUUCCAUCGUCGAAUUCCGAAAGGGCGAGCUGGUCGUCAAAUCUACUGCAUACGAUCGCCACUUCGGUGGACGUGAUUUCGACAAGGCUCUCGUUGAGCACUUUGCAAGGGAGUUCAAGGGUAAAUACAAGAUCGACAUCAAGAGCAACCCCAAGGCUCUGGUCCGUGUUCAGGCUGCCUCGGAGAAGUUGAAGAAGAUUCUGUCUGCCAACCAACAGGCUCCCAUUAACAUCGAGUCCUUGAUGAACGAUAUUGACGUUGCGGCAAUGAUGACCCGUGAUGAGCUUGAGGCACUUGUUGACCCUCUUCUCAAGCGUGCCCACGUUCCCCUGGAGCAGGCUCUUGCUGAGGCGAAGCUGCAAGUAGAGGACAUUGAUGUCAUCGAGCUUGUGGGUGGAUGUACUCGUGUACCAGCUCUUAAGGAGCGCAUCCAGAAGUUCUUCGGCAAGCCCCUCUCCUUCACUCUCAACCAAGAUGAGGCUGUUGCCCGAGGCUGCGCUUUCAGCUGCGCUAUUCUCUCACCUGUCUUCCGAGUUCGUGACUUCGCUAUCCACGACACGGUCAACUACCCCAUCGAAUUUACAUGGGAGAAAUCUCCCGACAUCCCAGAUGAAGACACCAGCCUGACUGUCUUCAACAAAGGCGGUGUCAUGCCAUCGACGAAGAUCCUUACAUUCUACCGGAAGGAGGCCUUCAAUCUCGAGGCGAAAUACGCAAACCCUGAACUUCUCCCGGGCAAGAUGAACCCAUGGAUUGGAAGAUUUACUGUCAAGGGCGUGAAGGCCGACUCCAAGGAUGAUUUCAUGAUCUGCAAGCUUAAGGCACGUUUGAACUUGCAUGGUAUCUUGAACGUGGAGCAGGGAUACUAUGUGGAGGACGUCGAGGUUGAGGAGCCCAUACCAGAGGAGAAGGAUGGAGAAAAGAAGGAUCCAGAUGCAAUGGAAACGGAUGCUGCACCAAAGACUAGAAAGGUCAAGAAGCAAGUCCGAAAAGGCGAUCUUCCCAUCGUCGCCGGUACUUCUUCUCUUGACGAGGCUUCAAAGGCCGCUGCUGCCGAAGCCGAGGCGGCUAUGAUCAUGGAGGACAAGCUUGUUGCGGACACCGAAGAGAAGAAGAACGAGCUCGAGACCUACAUCUACGAUAUGAGAAAUAAGAUCGACGACCAAUACUCCGAGUUCGCCAGCGAGGAAGAGAAGACCAAAUUGAAGGCCAAGCUUGAAUCCAGCGAGGACUGGCUCUACGACGAGGGAGAGGACGCCACAAAGGCUGUUUAUAUCGCCAAGAUGGAUGAGAUCCGUGCAGUUGCUGGCCCAAUUGUCCAACGCUACUUUGACAAGAUCGAGGAGGAGCGUGCGGCAGCCCAGGCUGCGGCGGAGGCUGAAGCCGCCAAGAAGCGCGAGAUGGCUGAGGCAGCCAAGGCGGCUGCUAUGGCACAGGAGGCGGCCAACAAGCCUGACCAGGAAAUGCCAGAUGCGGCGGAAACCGCAAAGCCGGAUGAGGUCACCGAGCCAGAGGAAAAGUAGAUGUACAUGACCAUAGAAGGGUUAAUGAUUCAUGAAGGGACUAAUGGGAGGAAUUAGCAAUCUCGAAUCAGAUUGACCACCGUAGUAGGAUCGCGGGAAAUCUUUUUGUUUUCGCCCUUUUCUUUCUUUCUUUUCUGGAAUUCUUGCGGUGGCGGGAGCAGAAGACUUGAGACUUGCUCUACUCUGUUGCUAUUCUGCUGCGUCAUAGAUGGCGAUGAAACCAAGGAUAGACAUGAAAACUUCGUAAAAAGUUAUGACCUGAAAUCUCCUCCUCUUUUACUG